AUGAAGUGCCACUAUGAAAUGUUGGGUGUGAAAAGAGACGCAGGAGACGACGAAUUAAAGAAAGCGUAUCGUAAAUUGGCAUUGAAAUGGCAUCCAGAUAAAAACCUGGACAAUGCUGAGGAGGCUGCAGAGCAUUUUAAGCUGAUUCAGGCAGCUUAUGAUGUCCUGAGUGAUCCCCAGGAGAGAGCAUGGUAUGACAAUCACAGGGAGGCUCUGCUGAAAGGAGGAAUCAGUGGAGAUUAUGAAGAUGACAGCAUUGACCUACUGCAGUACUUCACAGUCACCUGCUACUCUGGCUUUGGAGAUGAUGACAAGGGCUUUUACACAGUCUACAGGAAUCUCUUUGAGUCUAUUGUUAAAGAGGAGAUGGAGCACAGAAAGGUGGAAGAUGAAGAAGAGGAGGAAGAGUUUCCUCCCUUUGGAGAUUCCCAGAGCGACUACGACACUGUGGUGCACGUGUUUUACGGCUACUGGCAGAGCUUCUGCACGCGUAAAAACUUUGCCUGGAAGGAGGAGUACGAUACGAGGCAGGCCUCCAACCGCUGGGAGAAAAGGGCGAUGGAGAAGGAAAACAAGAAAACCAGAGAGAAGGCUCGAAAGGAGAGAAACGAGCUUGUGCGACAACUAGUUUCUUUUGUUCGCAAGCGCGACCGGCGUGUACAGGCCCACAGGAAGCUGAUGGAGGAGCAGAACGCCGAGAAGAUAAAGAAGGUGGAGGAGAUGAGGCGACAGCAGAAGUUGAACCAGGCCAAACUGGCAGAGGAGUACAAGGAGCAGAGCUGGGCGGCCAUGUCUGAGCUGGAGAAGGAGCUGCAGCAGAUAGAGGCUCAGUACGGAGAAGAGUUUGGAGACGCAUCAGAGAGUGAGGAUGAAGAGCUGGAUACGGAGACACAGGAGAAGAAUGAUGCAGAGCAGGCUGAUGGAGAUGAACUGACAAUUGAUUAUUACGAUGAUCUGUACUGCCCAGCAUGCGACAAAUCCUUCAAAUCAGACAAAGCCAUGAAAAACCACGAAAAAUCCAAAAAGCACAGAGAGAUGGUGGCAUUGCUGCGGCAACAGCUUGAGGAAGAGGAUGAAUCUCUUGGUUUGAACGCUAACGGAAAGGAAGAGGACGAUGAUAAAGAAGAAGAGGAGGAGGAAGAUGAGGAGGAAGACAAGCCUAGGCAGAAGCUGUCCAAAAAGCAGAAGAGGAAAAAGAAACAGCAGAAAGUAGUGACUAGUGCACCUGUGGAAGAAGAGGAAGACAAACCAACGCCGACCACCCAUGAGGAAGAAGCCACAGAGAAGUCAGAAGAGCCCACAGAACCUGAGAAUCAAGAUGAUCUUCCUCCAGCAGAGGUCAAGAGCAGCUCUGGGAAGGCGAAGGGAAAGAAGGGAGGAAAAGAGAAACCGAUGACUGUCAAGUCAAACACCGGAGGAGAAGAGAUUCCUGAGGAAUUGAUCCUGCACUGUGUGACCUGCAACACUGAGUUUUCUACAAGAAACAAGCUGUUCGACCAUCUGAAGACGAGCGGCCACGCCACCGCUCUCUCCUCAGGCGCCCCUCACAGCUCCACGAGCAAGAGCAAAAAAGACAAGAAGAAGAACAGAUAGCACCUGGAAGCUUUGAGCUCAGCGGGGAAUCACAGAACCGGUGCUCUCUGGAGGAGCUUAAUGGACUGGACGGACUGAGUGCUGAUUUUACAGUUUUGAAUCUUCUAGAUUGGAACAAUUGAAACCAUGUGAGCAGUUUUAUGAACCUCUCCUGGAACAAAUAUCUUAACUGAUAAACCAGCCGUGAUGUGUACAGGAUUCACCUUUAAUCCCUUUCAUCCUUUACUGGUUUCAAAAAUCAUGCUUCUUGGUUUGUUAUGAAGAGCUCUAUGGUGGUAUUACUGUGUACAAAAAUAAAAGUGAUGCUGCAUGUUGGUAUUUAUACAACAA